AUGUUUAACCCCAAUGUUUUGGAUGUCCCAGCUGUAAUCUUUGACAAUGGGUUUGGAUUAUUCAAAGCAGGUAUCACAGGUGACAGCAGCCCAAGGUCUGUUUUCACAGCAAUCGUUGGUCGCUCAAAAGUCAAAGCUAGAAUGCUGGGAGCUGGACAGAAAGAAUGUUACAUUGGAGAGGAAGCUCAGUCCAAAAGAGGGAUUCUGUCUUUGAAUUAUCCAGUUGACCAUGGCAUAGUUACAUGCUGGGAUGAUAUGGAAAGGAUCUGGACACAUGUCUAUGAGUAUGAGCUGAGAAUCAAAGCCAGUGAAAGGCCAGUGCUGCUGACUGAAGCCCCCCUCAAUCCUCUGCAGAACCAGGAAAAAAUGACAGAGAUCAUGUUUGAAGGUUUCAUGGUGCCAGCUAUGUAUAUUGCAGUCCAGGCAACUCUGGCACUCUAUGCAUCGGCCCGUAUUACUGGAAUAGUCAUGAACAGCGGGGAUGGUGUUACCCACACUGUCCCCAUAUAUGAAGGAUACAGUUUACCUCAUGCUGUCUCCAGGCUGGAUAUUGCUGGCCAGGAUAUCACUGAAUAUUUUAUGAAGCUUCUGUUGGAAACUGGACACACUUUUGUCAGCACAGCUGAAAGAGAAAUUGUGAUAGAUAUCAAAGAGAAGUUGUGCUAUGUAGCUUUAGACCCUGUCCAAGAAAUGAAAGCAAAGCCAGAAGAAAUCAUGAAAGAAUACAAAUUGCCUGAUGACAAUAUCAUCCAGCUAGGCAACCAGCUCUUUCAUGCACCAGAGAUCCUUUUUCUGCCUGCAAACAUUGGAGUUGAAGCUCCUGGUGUGCACAAAAUGAUCUUCAACAGCAUCAUGAAGUGUGACAUUGAUGUGCGCAGGAAUCUUUAUGGCAACAUCCUGCUCUCAGGUGGGUCCACGCUCUUCCCUGGCCUGGAGGAUCGGAUCCUGAGGGAGAUGAAGCUGCAAGUGCCUGCUGGCAUGUGUGUGAGGAUCAUUGUACCCCCUGAGAGAAAAUACUGUGUGUGGAUUGGGGCCUCCAUCCUCACCGCCCUAACAUCUUUCAAACAAAUGUGGGUCACUGUGAGCGAUUACAAGGAUUUGGGGGCAGCUGUUAUUCACCGGAAAUGCUUUUAA